UUCUCUCUUAGCCAAUAUAUAUAUAUAUAUAGAUUAUCAGAUGAAGCGACCAAUCCUGCUUUACCUCAGUCUAAUGUGGAUACUGCAAUCACAAGCUCAAGAUCACGACUGGAAAAUAGACAUAAGUAGGACCUUCAAUGCAACAAAGGGAUCAAAUAUAACCAUAAUGUGCCGGUUUUCCUUUCCUUCUACGCAAAACGCAAACAAUUUUGGAGUUUACUGGAAAACAGAGGGGAAAAGUGAAUGCAGCAAAAAUGACAAUGACAAAAAGGCAUUCGCUUUUCACCCUAAUUUGACUUGUGUAGAUUCCAACUUCAGACAUAGGACAAAACUCAUUGGAAACAAAAGCAAAGGAAACUGCUCUCUGCAGAUCUUCAAUAUUCAGGAAGGAGAACCAAAAAUCUACCUGCGGGUUACUGGAUUGAACGACAACUACAGUUUCGUAAAGGAUCCUGUCAUCAUUUAUGUGGACGGUCAGAAUUUAACUUCCUUAAAUCACACAGAUCCCCCAUUUAACACUGCAACAGCAAACUCCAUGUCGGGAGAAAAAAUCAAACUGUAUCUGACCACCUUUGUGCCAGUUCUUGGAGUUCUGGUCAUUGUCGCUGCUGGUACAGUUGCUUACAAAAUACGCAAGAGCUCAUACAGGUUCGAACGGGAGGAAUCUGAAUAUUAUGUAAACUUCAGGCGGACAUCGUCAAACACACCCAUAAGUAAACCAUCUUGUGAAACAUCAAACAAAAAGCUUCCAGAUCCAAAAGCUAUUGAUGAAAAUAUUUACAUGAAUCUCAAGACAUUACAAAAUCAGACGGACCAACAGGUGGAACGCGUAGACAAUAUUUAUGGAAAUGUGGACCACACAACUUAAUAAAAAAGCAUUGUCUCACAGCUAAUACUAAAAGUGUAUCCUAAAGUAUUGUCUGUAUUUUGCAUUGUUUGUUUUUCGUCUUCAAAUGAGUGUGCGCAUUGAGUUGGAUUCAAAGUAUGUCAGUAGAAUUAAGAAGGGGAGCACUGCACUGGUUUGCAACAAAUGAAUGUAAACCCCAAAAUGUUGUGAAAGGGAACCUUUUCCUGCAGUGUGAGUUUUACAGGUUGGUUAACAGAUGAAGCUAUUAACCACCCGUUAAGAAUGCUUCAAUAACACACAGUUCAGAAAGUCAAAAAUCUAAUUAGAUUACUUUAUUGUAAUGGACUGAAUGUUUUCAUUAAGGGUAUUUUAGGUGUCAAAAACUGAGGUCCCCCACCUGCUGCGUCUCUGACAUUAACCAAAACAAACAGGGACUUUUAUAAUGCUUGCAUCUAGAUUGCAACGAUAAAAUCUCAUUUUACAGUCUAGUUUGUGUGUUUGUAUGCAUUGAGUCUUACCAUUUGUUAGGUAUUAAUUAGUCAACUCAGAGACAAGAACAAUACUGAGUCAGAUUUACUUGCAGCAAGGGUAGCUCACA